UCUUGUCAGCUUUCAUAUAAAUUUAACUCACUACAGACCACAUCAUAUAUUAAAGAUGAUUACGGAUCAUUUUUGAAUCAUAUUCAAUUUUUAUCUAUAUCUACACUUGCUCUUGUGCUCCAGACCAGGAGCAGCUUGGAAAUGGAGAAUGAGAUUGGAAGGAAGAAAUUUUCAGGGCACGUUGUGGUGGUGCCCUAUUCCACCCUUGGCCACACAAAUCCCAUACUUCAAUUCGCCAAAAAUCUGGCUUCCAAGGGCUUGCUCGUCUCCUUCGUAAGCCUCCAUUACGAUCAUACCAGAAUUGAAAAGGCUACAAAAUGCCUCAAUCGCCUCAACCUGGCCGUGCCGGGCCUUGUUCGAUUGGAAUGGAUUCCCGAUGAGAUCCCUCCCGACGUGCCCAUCGACCACCAUAUCAACGAUUUCCUAUUCUAUCACAUGCACCACACCAUGACAGGUCACGGGCUCGAAUCCCUCCUCCUCCGUCUCAACGCCUCCAUCAAUCCUGUAUCCUGUAUUGUCUACGAUUCAUUCCUUCCCUGGGUUCCCAAAAUUGCAGUCAAACUCAGCGUUCCCCACGCCUUCUUCUGGACGCAGUCUGCCUCGGUUUUCUCUCUUUACCACCACUUCAAGACCGUUGAGAAGUGGGAUGGGGAACGAAAUCUGCCGGAGAACUUCGAUGUUCCGUGUCUGGGCGAAUUUAAUAUUAGGGAUUUACCUCCGUCAUUGCACCAUGCCAGAGGGGUGCCCGACUUCUUCGCAGAUCUGGACUCUGUAACCGACGCUUCCUGUGUGCUCAUUAAUUCCUUCGACGAGCUCGAAGACAGGGUACUGGAAUAUUUGAGCAGAUCAGUGGGAGUGCCUAUUUUAACAGUUGGCCCCUCUAUACCCUCGGCUUUUCUGGAGGGAGGCAAUCUGGAGGACAAGCGGGUGGGCUGCAGACCCUUGGGAAGGGCCGGAUUUCAUAGGCCUCCCAAAGGCCACCAUGACCUCAAUCUGUUGUUGCCUCCAGGAUUUCUUGAGAGAAUGGAAGAAAGGGGUUUGAUGGUAGAGUGGUGUGUUCAACUUGAAGUGCUGUCACAUCCAUCUGUGGGGGUGUUUAUAAGCCACUGUGGUUGGAAUUCCACAAUCGAUGCCCUCACCUCGGGUGUUCCAAUGCUCACUUCCGCGAUUUCGGCGGAUCAGUUCAGUAACGCCAAAUGCGUGGCGGAUGUUUGGAAAACAGGGCGCAGAAUGAAGAAGGGAGAAGAUGGGGUUGUGGGGAUGCAGGAGAUUGAGAGACGUGUGAGAUCAGCGAUGGAGGGCGGGGAAGAAUUUGCAGAGGUGAGGAAGAAUAGCUUGAGAUUGAAGGAAGCGGCGAGGCGAGCUAUGAUGCCCGGCGGAUCUUCUGAUGCGAAUUUGUCUCGUUUUACUAGAGAGCUUGCGACAUAUCCAGUUUUCAUAUUCACACUUGCUUUUGUGCUACAGUCCAUGAGCAGCUUGGAAAUGGAGAAUGAGAUUGGAAGCAAGAAAUUUUCAGGGCACGUUGUGAUGGUGCCCUACUCCACCCUUGGCCACACCAAUCCCAUGCUUCAAUUCGCCAAAAAUCUGGCUUCCAAGGGCUUUCUUGUCUCCUUCGUAAGCCUCCAUUAUGAUCAUACCAGAAUCGAAAAGGCCAGAGAAUAUCUCCAUCGCAUCAGCCGGAACGGCCCCGGCCUUGUUCAGUUGGAGUGGAUUCCCGAUGAAAUCCCUCCUGACGUGCCCAUUGACCACCACAUCGACAAUUUCCUCUUCUAUCACAUGCACCACACAAUGACCGGUCAUGGGCUCGAAUCCCUCCUCCUCCGUUUCAACGCCUCCACCAGUCCUGUAUCCUGCGUUGUCUACGAUUCCUUCCUUUCCUGGGUUCCCAAAAUUGCACUCAAGCUCGGCAUUCCCCACGCCUUCUUCUGGACGCAGUCUGCCUCAGUUUUCUCUAUUUAUCAUCACUUCAAGACCGUUGAGAAGUGGGAUGGGGAACGAAAUCUGCCAGUGAAUUUCGAUUUUCCGUGUCUGGGCGAAUUUAAUAUUGCAGAUUUACCUUCGCCAUUUCACCAUGCCAGAGGAGUGCCCGAUUUCUUUGGAGAUCUGGACUCUGUAACAAACGCUUCCUGUGUGCUGGUUAAUUCCUUCAACAAGCUGGAAUGCAGGGUGCUGGAGUUCUUGAGCAGAUUACUGAGAAUGCCCAUUUUAACAGUGGGCCCAUCCAUACCCUCAGCUUUUCUGGAGGGAGGAAACCCAGAGGACAAGCGGGUGGGAGCAGGGGCAGACCCUUGGGAAGAUCCCGAGUACAUAAGCAAAUGGCUGGAUAAAAAACCCCCGCUUUCGGUUGUUUAUGUUUCCUUCGGGAGCAUAACCUCAAUUAGCCCUAAUCAGAUCUGCGAAUUGGCAGAGGGGCUUGAGAGAAGUCAACACAACUUCUUGUGGGUCAUCAGGCCUCCCAAAGGCCACCAGGACCUCAAUCCAUUGUUGCCUGCAGGAUUUGUUGAGAGAAUUGAAAACAGGGGUUUGGUGGUGGAGUGGUGUGUUCAGCUGGAAGUGCUGUCACAUCCAUCGGUGGGGGUGUUUAUGAGCCACUGUGGUUGGAAUUCCACACUGGAUGCUCUCAGCUCGGGCGUUCCCAUGCUCACUCUGGAGAUUUGGGCGGAUCAGCCCAGUAACGCCAAAUGCGUGGCGGACGUUUGGAAAACAGGGCGGCGAAUGAGGAAGGGAGAAGAUGGGGUUGUGGGAAUGAAGGAGAUUGAGAGAUGUCUGAGAGCAGCGAUGGAGGGCGGUGAAGAAUUUGCAGAGUUGAGGAAGAACAGCCUGCGAUGGAAGGAGGCGGCGGCCCAGGCUAUGAUGCCCGGCGGUUCUUCUGAUGCAAAUCUUUCUCGGUUUGCUCGAGAGCUUGCGGCAAUUGCAGAAUAGGUUAUCAUCUCUUCUCUUCCGGCCACAAUCUUUUAUAAGGUUUCAAAACUCUCAACGGAAUCAUUACUGUAAGUUUUUGUAUAAACCCCUGUUCUUGUUGGGCCCGUUCUUGUUGUAGCCGAGAAAGAAAAAUGGAAGCAACGAGUUUUGGAUUUAAUAGGGUGAACAUAAAUAUUUAAUUUACUGGCACUUGUAUCAGGUGGAGGAAGUGCAAAUCAGGUCUUAGAAAAAUAUAUGUCAACUAAUAUGAGAGACGGUACAAUUGAUUUUACAUGUAAGAUAUAUUAUUAUUUUUUUUCAA